UCCGGUCAUGCGUAGUAACCGCGCUGCAAUUUCCUCCCCCUCCGCCCUUCGCCGCGGAGUUAUCACUCGUCGAAUUAGCAAAAAUUAGAGAAAUGGCUGCAAGAAUUAUCAGGAAAAUUGUAAGUUGGUAGAAGUGUUACAUAAUAACUAACGUAGUGUCCUUGUGCAUGGACCUUCAUAACUUAUAGCUUAAGUAGUUUGCUGUGAUACAAUUAUCGUCAUCCAAAAAUAGACGUAGUAGUAUAGUUAUGUCGAGGAAUUACAUAAAAGUGCUUUUGAAUCCUUUUCGUGAGAGUAAAGUGUUGGGUUCACUGCUGAAAUGGCUGGAGCCGGGUGCGAGCAAUAGUUCGGGGGUGCAUAAGGGAGGGAACGACGAGGUCCCUGUGAGCCGGAGCGGCGCCGCACAGUACAGCUCUGGCGUGCGCAAGGUGACACUAAUCCCUGGCCAUGGAAUCGGCCCUGAGAUCACGGUUGCCGUGCAGAAGAUCUUCGAGGCCGCAAAAGUCCCAAUUGAAUGGGAUGAGGUCGACGUCACAGCUGUUAGGGGCCCUGAUGGCAAGAUGGGUAUUCCUCAGAAGGCCAUUGACUCAGUAAAUGCCAAUAAGAUCGGUCUUAAGGGACCGCUGAUGACUCCAGUCGGUAAAGGGUACCGUUCUCUUAACUUGGCACUGCGUAAGGAGUUUGAUUUAUAUGCAAACGUCAGGCCCUGCAAAAGCAUGGAAGGUAUCAAAACCCUGUACGACAAUGUAGACGUAGUGACAAUCAGAGAAAAUACGGAGGGAGAGUACUCAGGCAUUGAGCACGAGAUCGUCGAUGGAGUGGUGCAGUCCAUCAAGCUGAUCACAGAGGAAGCGUCCAUGAGGGUCGCGGAAUUCGCUUUCGUUUUCGCCAAGGAGAACAAGAGGAAGAAGGUCACAGCUGUACACAAGGCUAAUAUUAUGCGUAUGUCCGACGGUCUGUUCCUGCGGUGCUGCCGUGACGUGGCCACCAAGUACCCCGACAUCAAAUUCGAGGAGCGCUACCUCGACACCGUCUGCCUCAACAUGGUGCAGGAUCCCGCCAAAUUCGACGUACUGGUGAUGCCCAACUUGUAUGGUGACAUCAUGUCGGACUUGUGUUCGGGUCUGGUCGGAGGGCUCGGUCUCACGCCCUCAGGGAACAUCGGCAAGAACGGAGCGCUAUUCGAAUCCGUCCACGGUACAGCUCCUGAUCUCGCGGGCAAGGACAUGGCCAACCCCACCGCCCUCUUACUGUCCGCCAUCAUGAUGCUGAGACAUCUCAAACUGCACGAGGAUGCAGAGCGCAUACAGAACGCCUGCUACCAAGUCCUCAAAGAGGGCAAAGCCCUAACAGGAGACCUCGGAGGCACCGCCAAGUGCAGCGAAUACACCAACGCCAUCAUCUCUAAACUUUAAAGUUCGAACUAGUUCCUCACCCCCCAACAUUGGCCCCAAAAAUACAAUAGAAUUGUAUUUCGCCAAAGCUAAAAAACCUUAGAUAAGUAGUCGAUUUCAACAAAUAGUUUUACAUACAGUAUUGCUAUGCAAUAAUAGUAUUUAUUUCGUUAUUAAUUGUGAGCAAUGUUACCAAACGUUUAGGUAUUGUAUUGUAAAUAUAUUUUUUAUUAUUGUAAAGUAUCCGAUUCAAGCGCAAGGAUACCUUAGAGUAGAUUCUAAACACAUUAACAUAUUUAUUUAGACGAUUUGUAUCGUCUGCCAUUUCUAAUCUCAUCAAAUGGUUAAAACAAACACCGAAAAUCAUUUUUAAAAAUUAAAACUAAUUGAAAAUUA